AAUGUAUUUGGCGUAAAAACAUUAAAAGAGAUAGGGUUAAUCUGGGUUGAAGUUUUUUUCUGAUAUUGUUAAAUUUGUCUUAUACAUUUUGUUGCUACACGUUCAGGGAGCUUUACGAUACUAUGGAUUUCAGUUAUCUUAUGGAAAUUGCACAGAAGAAUGAAGAGAUAGCCAAAGAGAGCAGUCAAGUAAAACGGUAUUCUACAGAAAUUAGGCCUCUAAAAAAGCAGCCAAAAAGCCUAGUUCAGUCAACAGCUGUUAAAAAAUGGCUUCAGCGCAAAGAAGUAGAGGAACAACAAAAACUCGUUGAAGCUCAGAAAAAGAAGGAACAUUUGUUGUCUUUAAGAGCUCAAAAUUCAAAAAACAACAAGAAAGCAAAAAUAAUGGCAUCAAGAACAAAAGACAAUGACUUUAGUAGAAUUAAGUUAACUGAAGAUGAGGUUGAAGCUAAAGUAAAAAGGGAAAGAGAAUUGCAACAACAAAUGCUAACUGACAAAGUUGAAAGGAUGAAGUUAAGAAUAUCUUUGGAAGAACGGGAUAAUCAAGCUCCAAGAAAACGAAAACGAAAGUCCAAAAAUCCAGAAUUAGAUGAUAUUGAGGAUCCAUCAUCACUCCCUUUGGAUAUUGAUGAUAACGGAAAAAAAAGCAAGAAAUCUUGUCUCAAAGAGAGACGGCCAGAAAUUGAAUAUAAGUUUAAUGGUGGAUCAGAACCAGUUCCUGCAGGAGCCAAACCAUUAAGAAAAUCAGAGGUAUCAACUAAUAAGCCAAAACCUAGGCCAUUUCCAGCACCAGCUAUUAACUUUCAUGAUCUCUUGAAAAUAGCUUCUCAAAAACAACAUGAGCCCAUUCAGAUCCUACAUCCUAUAACAAAGAAAGAAGAUAGGCCUAUGACACGUGCUGAAAAGGAAGAAGAAAUGAGAAAGAAAGGAUAUACAUUACCACCUUCCUCAUCCAGGCAAGUGAAAAAGAAAAGAGGUCAAGCACAAAAUCAGGUAACUGAUUAUGCAAAUGAUACAGAAGAUUAUGCUGAAAGUGAUGUACCUGUUAAUCAGCAUGACGAAUUUAGUUCAAACAUGGAUAGAAAUUAUUACCAGUCAGAAACAGAACUUCCUUCUCAAACUGGUAAAUGUAGAAACAUUGUUGGAAGAGAGAGGCAAAAUCUUCCAGAUAGAAUACACUGUGUAAAAGAAAAUUCUAAAUCUAGUGAGAAGCAGACAAUAGCAGGAUAUAGGUUACAACCUUAUGAAGAAAAUUAUAGACACAAGUGGAGACCCUCUGAAACUGGUAGGAAUGGAGAUCCUACAAACAACAGAGCAGAUUCUCUGCUUCCAGGGUUGAAGAAAACUCUGAACUUGCAAGCUGAUAGACAACAUCAGCAAAGUUCAGGUCAUCUGAAAAACAAGCCCAGUAAUUCUAAUUUCAGUAGAAAACCAAACUCUAGUCAUAGAGAUCCUCGAGGAGAUCUUACCCACCAUGCAGCCCCAUCAAGAAAUCCAAUAAGUCAACAAAUUGAAAGUGAUGAUGAAGAUCAAGACUUGUCUGAUUUUAUUGAUGAUGACCCUCAAGAAGAUGAAGGAGAUUACUCUAGUAUCAUCAGAAAAAUGUUUGGAUACAACAAGCAGAAAUAUGCACAUAUGGAUGAUGAUGAUGAUGAUAUGGAAGCAAGCUAUGUGGACAUAAUGAAAGAAGAAAAAAGAAGUGCCAAAAUUGGUAUGAUGGAAGAUUUGGAAGACAUUAGGAGAGAAGAAGAAGAAAGAAAAAAAAUGUUGUUGAAAAAAAAGUUACAAAAACAAAAAUAGUCUCAUAAAGCUUUUAUAAAUAUGUAUGAAAUAUAUCUCUUUAAAAAAUAAAUCUUGCAGUGAAUGAUUAGUUCUGAAAGUUAAUACUCUGUGUUUUUUAAUAGGGAAUUUAAAUAUUAAAUGUUACCCAGUGAACUAAACAUAGCAGUAGUUUGUUUUAGUGUUCCAGAAGAGCUGUUUUUUCAUCUUCCUGAACAAUUUCUUGUACAAAAACUGCAUUGGAAUACCUAGUUUAAAGAAAGAGCUUUAGCAAAAGAUUUUGCUAAAGCUUGUUUUAUUUGUGCUUGGUUUGAAAUUUACAGAAGUACGAUUAAGUAGUUAAUAAUAUGUUUUGUGUUUUUAUAAUAUAUGUGCCUUAAAUUAAUGAACCAAAACUUCUUCAUGUAGAAUAAUUUAUAACUGUCACUUAGUUACGUUUGAAGAAGAGUCUCAAAAGCUGGAAUUUAAAGCCUGAUUUAUAUGUUUAAAAGUUUGUUUGAAUUAUAGUUUAGGCCCCAUAAACACAAGCCUGAACAUUUUCUCUUGAACAAACGACCUAAAAAAAUUAAGAUUAUACAUUGAUAAUUAGUAUUUUUUCCCUGUUGGAUUAUAUGCAUGUUAACAAUCUUUUUUGCCUUUGGUACACAGUUUUUAUACUUAUUCUGGGACCAAUAAUUUUUUUUAUGCUUUAGAUUGAAUUUGUUUGCAUACUGAAGGUUUAUUACAACAAAUGAUGUUAAAAAAAAUCAGAAAAUAUGUCUUUUUUUUUUUAUACUGUCCAUUUAAAUAUUUACAGAGGACUAAUGUUAACUUUUGGUUAAAUAUUAUAAUCAUGAAUAUGACCACCAAAAUACUGAGACUUUCUGGCAUUACAAUUGUAGUUAUAAAUUUUUAGUUAAUUUAGCAAAUGACUUCUAUAAAUUUCUAAAGCAUAAGGAACUCAGGCUUGCAACAUGGUAUAUCAAACAAAAGAUAAAGACAGUAGUUUAAAAAGGAAAGUUUCCAGGAUGUUCGGGUUAUGUUGCUGUGUUCCUUCACUUUGCCCUGUAUAAACCAUGAUGAAAGAUUUAACACAAAGGAUCACCAAGUAAAAGGCAAGUAGAUUUCACAAGACCCAGGAACUUUAGCACUUUUCAAAUAGUUGACUGUGCUUCUUCAGGAUUAAAGAAAUGAGAAAGAGUAAUAAUAACUGUUCGAAGCUGUUCAUGUUUUAAAUUGUAAAGUGUGAGAUGAACCCUGUUAUUGUGCGAUUGGCCUUGUCAGCACUAGAUAUAGUAGUUAUAGUGUGGUUUACAUAUUAUAACAUAUAUUAGUUUACUUUCACUCAUGGGUUUUUUAAAUAUUUGAGAUGAGUAAAUACUGAAAGUUAUUUGUGAAACAACUUUAUGUGCCCAUGAAGUAUAAUGUGUACAUAGUAUAAAAGUGAAUUGAUAUUUAGAUGUGGUAUGGCUUAUCUUACAAAGCAUAACAUUUAGUAGUAGUUUGUGUUGUAUAGCAUCAUAACAAACUGAUAAUAAUUUAAACCACAUCAGUCUUUAAUGGCCCAAUACACGUUUUCAGUGAGAAAAGUGUAUAAUAGUAUCUUAAAUAUAUCAGUAAAGAAUGAUGUGAUUUAAAUUAUGAUCAGUUUUAUUGUGACACUAUGUCACACAUGUAUUACUGCUAAAUUACUUGAUAAGUAUUGUUAAAAAACAGUAGAGUAAUUGGAUCAGUGUUAAAUAUUAGAAGGGAAGUAUUAAUGAUAUAAUGGUUUAAAACACAGAAUUGUAUGUAAAACAAAAUGAUUUGCUGGAUGAGAAUGACAAAAUACUAACUGAGGUUUUGGACCUUGCAGUAAAUACCAAAAUAAAUAAGACCUUGUAAUAGAUUCAUAUUUCGAAAAAUUGUAAUUUAAGAAUAAUAAAAUAGAACAGGGCCCAUAAUGUUUCGUAAUCUUCAAAAUUCCAUAUUCAGUAAUCUAGAUGUACAAAACAAACAAAAUGGUAGUUACAACAGAAAUAUGAUAUAAUUUGUAAUACAUAAGUAAACAAUUUGAUUACAAGAAGUAGAACAAGAGAAAAAAAUGAAAAGUGUGCAGUGAAAAUGAAUUACUUGAAUGAAAAUAGAUUUAAAUCAACUGAAGAAUAUAUAUAUUAGAGAUGAAAGAAGAGUUUUAAUGUAUAAUGUUUUUAUUAUAAAUUCAGUAUCAUGAUUGGCUGUUGAGAGAAUUUUAAAGUUGGAGAGAGCAAUGGGAUGAGGUGUUUCUGUAUUGUGUUGGUAGACAGUGGAGUUGGGAGGGGUUGUAACUUUUCUCUCUAAAUAAUACACAUUAUUCAUUUGAUUUGAAUCUAUUUUAAUUUAACUAUUUCAUUUGCACUACAUACUUUUCAUUUUCUCUUGUUCUACUUUUUGUAUUCAAAUUGUUUACUUAUUGCAAAUUAUAUCAUAUUUCUGUUGUAAUUCCCAUUGUGUUUGUUUUGUACAUCUAGAUUACUGAAGAUGGAAUUUUGAAGAUUCUAAAACACGUUUUAACAAAUGCUUCAUAUUAUUACGUUUGUGUUUUACAUUAUUAUUAAAUAAGACCUUAUUCACACUGAUAGUAUCUUUAUUUGUCAUGACUACCCUUUAGUUUGUAAUAUUUCAGAGAAAUGUUAUUUUUUUAGUACUUUGUUUUGUUUGUACAUGUUUGAUAUUUCUUUGUUUAUGAGUAUAAAACUUUAAAUUCUGUAUGUAUCUUAAAGUUAUAUGAAAGGAAUCAACUAGUAUAAUUAUGUGCAAAAAUAUUUUUUUCAUGCCUUUCUGUUUGAUUUUUUCUUGCAUUUUAUCAUAAGGAUUUGCAAAAGUGUAUGUAUAUCUUUCAUUGUAACAUUGUAGACAGUCCAUCAAAAAAAAAAGAUACUAAAAAAUCAGUAGAUUAGACCAUUUUUACAAGCGAUAGAUGGUACUUGCUGUAAAUCCACAUUAAAUGCAAUGGACCUUAUCUCUUUAUUGAAAUAGCUUUCUAAAAAUUCAUCGCAACUGUUUUUCAAACUGCAGAAAUAAUGUUCUAUACAGAGAAUUCUUGUCCCAAUGAUUCUGAAAUUUGAAGUGUCUACAAUAAACAUAUUAAAAAGUGUAAUCUCUUACAUUAUCAGGUUUCAAAAUAGAAAAUAUCAAAGGGAGUCUUCAGAAUUGGAUGUUUUUAAAUAUUGAUAUAUUCCUCAUCUUUAGUUAUAAAAAUUAUAUUUUUGCUUUUAAUCAGGAAUUAUUGUAAUUCUAUGAUAUGAAUAUUUACAUGCAAGUCCCAAGUAAAUGAAUUUGGAAAAUUAAGAUCAAGUAAAUGGUACACAGUGUAAACUAUCAUAUCACUAGUUUCAAUACACACUAGUACUUUUAUUUUGUUCAAUGUUGUUAUUUUUUUAAUUUAUAGAAAUAAUUCAAGUAAAUUAUAUACAGUUAGCUUAAAAGUUGUGACCAUUGUUGUUUUUUAAAGAUACUGAAUUGACAGUUGUAUCUACAGGUUUCAUAACCUUCCUUCAUUGUAAGAUUUUUCUGAGAUUUUGGACUCCUAUCUUGAAGGAAAAAUUUAAUUUGUAGCGAUUUAGUUUAACAACACCAGAGAAAUAUUUUAUUUUUUUCAGGUGUGCCAGUUUGCUAAAAAUCAAAAGGUAUAUUUAAAAAAUUAAAACUGCAUAUUGUUUAUCAUUCAUGUCCAUCACUUGCUGUAGUUUUACUGCUCAGACUUUCUUUUGAUGAUAUUAAAAAGCACAUCUGGUAUCUUUUAGCAUUAGUAACACCAGAUAUGAUGUUGUAGACCAAAAGGAAAUCAAAACCAGCAACUUAACUCUGUACUACAACUUUUAAGUUCUAUAAACCAAUUAAAUAAAGCAUAUUUAGUUUCUACGUUAGAAUAAUAA